AUGAAUUUCAGAGUAUCGAGUUCCAUCGCAAAGGGAAUGUCCAUUGGGUCUCCUUUUAGACUACAGGCUCUGAGAUAUGCAUCCAAUAAGACUAUGACUGUCAGAGAAGCUUUGAACAGCGCAAUGGCUGAAGAAAUGGACCGUGAUGAUGACGUUUUCAUCAUUGGUGAAGAAGUCGCACAAUAUAACGGUGCUUACAAGGUCACUAAGGGACUUUUGGACCGUUUUGGUGAACGCCGUGUUGUUGAUACCCCUAUCACCGAGUAUGGGCUUGCUGGUUUGGCCGUGGGGUCUGCUUUGAAGGGUUUGAAGCCAAUUGUCGAGUUCAUGUCAUUUAACUUCUCUAUGCAAGCAAUCGACCACGUUGUGAACUCCGCUGCAAAGACUCACUAUAUGUCUGGUGGUACUCAAAGAUGUCCUAUAGUGUUCAGAGGUCCUAACGGAGCGGCUGUUGGUGUUGGUGCACAACACUCUCAAGAUUUCUCCGCAUGGUACGGUUCGAUCCCAGGUAUGAAAGUGUUGGUUCCUUACUCUGCCGAAGAUGCUAGAGGUUUGUUGAAGGCAGCUAUCAGAGAUCCUAACCCAGUUGUGUUCUUGGAAAACGAAUUGUUGUACGGUGAAUCCUUUGAAGUUUCCGAAGAGUGUCUAUCCCCAGAUUUUACCUUGCCAUACACUUCCAAGAUUGAAAGAGAAGGUACUGAUAUUUCUAUCAUCACAUACACUAGAAAUGUUCAAUUCUCUUUACAAGCAGCUGAAAUUCUAGACAAACAGUACGGUAUCUCUGCUGAAGUACUCAACCUACGUUCUAUUAGACCACUGGACGUUGAUGCUAUCAUCAAGACGGUUAAGAAGACCAACCAUUUGAUUACUGUCGAAUCUGCUUUCCCACAAUUUGGUGUAGGCUCCGAAAUUAUCGCUCAAGUCAUGGAGUCUGAAGCAUUUGACUACUUGGACGCUCCAGUGCAAAGAGUCACCGGUGCAGAUGUUCCAACUCCUUAUGCCAAGGAAUUGGAAGAUUUCGCCUUCCCAGAUCCUGACACCAUUGUUAGAGCAGCAAAGGAAACUUUGUCUGUUGAGUAG